GUGAAAUACACAAUCAUGUAACCGUUUCCGGCGUGACUCACUGACAAGCCCUCUCCAGUCCGCCAAGUGCAUUAUUCCCCUUGCCGACUUUAGCCUCCCCUUGAGCCAGUGUCGGUCUGGUGGGGCCCGUUAUCGGCUGGAGCUAUCCUCGACAACCCUCAAGAGAUUGGCGGCGAAAGUGUCGAAACCGAGGAAUAACCGCGCAGCUUGGACUUUACUAUAUCGUAUCUGCAUGGAAGCGAAUGGUUUCGUGUCCAGGCGGGUGGACACACCAAGCGUCGAUGCCGGGGUUGCUGCUGGAGCUGCAGGGGCAGACAUUCGAUGGCUCGGCGGGAGGAUUUUGGAUGCUACGGAGGGGUUUGUUGGUGGUCUGUCACCGCGGAUAACAGCGGAACCGGACUUUACUGCGGUGUUGCAACUCCGAGCAGCCCCAGAGCCCACGGUGGCUGCUACGGAGACCGAAAUAGACUACGAGGGGCUCCCCCAGGGUGUAGCCACCAGUACACACAUGUUAGCCGGCGCCGUGGCUGGCAUCAUGGAACACUGCCUAAUGUAUCCCAUCGACUGUGUUAAGACGCGGAUGCAGAGCCUGCAGCCCGAGCCGGGGGCGCGUUACCGUAACGUGAUGGACGCGCUACGUCAGAUCGUGCGUACCGAGGGGGUGUGGCGACCUGUGAGGGGGCUGAACGUCAUGGCGAUAGGGGCGGGGCCAGCCCAUGCUCUGUACUUUGCCUGUUAUGAGAAACUCAAGUUCUCACUCAGCAACGUGGUCCACCCGGGAGCUAACAGCCACUUUGCUAAUGGAAUGGCAGGCUGCAUGGCCACUGUACUCCAUGAUGCAAUCAUGAACCCAGCAGAAGUGGUGAAGCAGCGUAUGCAGAUGUACAACUCUCCGUACCGCGGCGUGUCUGACUGCGUGGGCUCCAUCUGGAGGCGUGAGGGCCCCGGGGCCUUCUACCGCUCCUACACCACCCAGCUGACCAUGAACGUCCCCUUCCAGGCUCUCCACUUCAUGACCUACGAGUACCUCCAGGAGCUGCUCAACCCCCACAGACAGUACAACCCCUCCUCUCACGUCAUCUCUGGGGCGCUUGCUGGGGCCAUUGCUGCCGCCGCCACCACCCCGCUGGAUGUCUGUAAGACCCUCCUCAACACCCAGGAGGCCCUAGCGGUCCAUGCUGAGGUCCCAGGAGCGCUGGGGGUUGGAGCGAGUGUAGGGACGGCGUCUGCCACUGGGGGGCGCCACAUCUCGGGGUUAGGGGAGGCGUUCCGGACUGUGUACAGGAUGGGGGGUGGGGCGGCGUUCUUUAAGGGCGUCCAGGCCAGGAUCAUCUAUCAGAUGCCCUCCACCGCCAUCAGCUGGUCCGUCUACGAGUUCUUCAAAUACGUCAUCACUAAGCGCCAGUACGAGAGAAGGCUGCACCACCGAGACGGAGAGAAGUAGAGAGGGAGGGAAGACCUUCAUUCAAAAUGUCCCCAAGGAACCCACCCCCAUAGAUAUGUACUAGAAGGCUCAGCUCCUAUCUUUGGGCCAAGUUCCCCCUCUAUCUAACUCUAUAACCACCCCACAGUAACCCCACCUCUGACCAUUUGACCUCUGACCUUCUAAACUAACCAGGAAAUAAAAGCCCCCCCUAGUAUUUUUGACUAGAAGAGAUACAGCUUUUGUCAAAAUUCACCUUACUCAGCAGGUUAGGAGAAUUGUUGUAGCAGUUCAGGAGAAUUAGGUUAAGGUUAGCAAAAGUGAAGUUUUGUUUUUUGUUGCCAAAAGCUGUGUCCCAUCUACACCUGACCUCCUCUUAUCCUCUCACAUAAGAGAACAAGUCCCCAUCUUUCACAUAGUUUAUUAUAGACAUACUGUACAUGGCACUUUAAUUCAAAUAUACACUCACUGGCCAGUUUAUUUGGUACACCCAUCUAGUACCGGGUCGGACUCCCUUUGCCCCCAGAACAGACUGAAUUCUUUGGGGCAUGGAUUCUACAAGGUGUCGGAAAAGUUAUUUUCUCAAUUGGUAUCUAGGGACCUAAGGUGUGCCAGGAAACAUUCCCCACACCAGUACACCACCGCCACCAGCCUGUACCGGUGACACCAGGCAGGAUGGGUCCAUGGACUCAUGCUGCAUACGCCAAAUUCUGACUCUGCCAUCAGCUUGACGCAACAGGAACCGGGAUUUGUCAGACCAGGAGAUGUUGUUCCAUUCCUAAAUUGUCCAGUGUUGGUGAUCGUGUGCCCGCUGGAGCUGCUUCCUGUUGUUUUUAGCGAGUGGAACCCGGUGUGGUCGUCUGCUGCAAUAGCCUAUCAGUGACAAGGACCGACAAGUUGUGUGUCUGAGAUGAUGUUCUGCACACCACUGUUGUACUGCGUCUGUUUGUGGCCCGCCUGUUACCUUGCACCAUUCUUGCCCCUCUCCUUUGACCUCUCUCAUCAACGAGCUGUUUUCACCCAUGGGACUGCCACUGACUGGACGUGUUUUGUUUUCUCGCGCCAUUCUCGGUAAACCCUAGACUGUCGUGUGUGAAAAGCCCAGGAGGGCAGACGUUUCUGAGAUACUGGAUCUGGCCUACCUGGCACCAGCAAUCAUACCACGCUUAACGUCGCUUAGGUCACUCGUUUUGCCCAUUCUAACUUUCAAUGGAACAGUAACUGAAUGCCUGUCUGCCUGCUUUAUAUAGCAAGCCACAGCCACGCUACUCACUGUCUGUAGGAGCGAUCAGUUUUGGUGAAUGAGGUGAUGUACCUAAUAAACUGUCCAGUUACUGUAUAUAUUAAUUAUAUUUCUGCAUUUCCCUACUAUAACCACUAGGGGGCUUUGAGUCUCGACCUCCCUCCUCCAUUGACUUUAUGGACAGAUCUAAAAGAGUCCCAAUAAUAUCUACUUUCUCCCUCAAAUGUGCACUCGUUCACUACGUCCCACUAAUCUAAUAGUAUUGGGUUGGUGGAGGAAUGGGCUAGUUUCCACCAUGUUUCUUAUACCAGUCAUUUCCUUUCAAACCAGUGAAGGGAAGUGAACAAGGGCACACUUUGGGAGGAAGGUGAGGUCAUGGGGACGUAGACCAAGUGAAGACCUCUGUAUUGUGUGAUGACUGGAGUCAGUGGAUUCAGCAUUAAGGAUAUAUCUAUAGUCACGACUACCACUGGGCUAUAUUUAGAUUAACGUCUAGCAUUCUGAAAUGGGAAUUAAAUUCACCAGAAAUGGUUUCAUGCAAUGCUAUUUAAAACAAUAACUGCCUUUUCCAUCUUUGAGAUAGUGACUGGGCUUGUGUUCACGUAUUUCUCCGCCUGUAUGUAGACAUUGAGGAAUAUGAGUAUUUUGACUUGAAAUGUUCAACUUAACCCAUUGGAGUUGACUGUGUGUGGAUGUGACUGACUGAAUGAGGAAGAGAGAAAUAAAUCAAAUAGGAGUGUAAAGCGCUAGAACAUUGAGUGUAAAGCGCUAGAACACUGAGUGCAAAGCGCUAGAACACUGAGUGUAAAGCGCUAGAACACUGAGUGCAAAGCGCUAGAACACUGAGUGCAAAGCGCUAGAACACUGAGUGCAAAGCGCUAGAACACUGAGUGCAAAGCGCUAGAACACUGAGUGCAAAGCGCUAGAACACUGAGUGCAAAGCGCUAGGACACCAUAUAGAGAAUAAUGUGCCAUUUGGGACAGAACCUCUGAGGAUGGUAGGAGGGUGUGUUACACCUCCAGUCUACCAGACUUGAGAUUUAUGGGCUUUGGUUCAGAUGGCACUCUAUCCCCUUUAUAGUGCACUACUUUUGGCCAGGACCCACAGGGAGCAGAAGGCCUUUCCCUUGAGAUUGUGUAGUGUCCCAAAUGGCAUCUAUAUAGUGCACUACUUUUGGCCAGGACCCACAGGGAGCAGAAGACCUUUCCCUUGAGAGUGUGUGUCGUGUCCCAAAUGACAUCUUGGCCCCUAUAUAGUGUACUACUUUUGAUCAUGGCUCAUAUGGAUCUGGUCAAAAGUAGCGCACUAUAUAGGGAAUACGGUGCCAUUUGGGACGGAGCCUUCUGACCACGCACCACUUUCUAGCACUUAUAGUCAUUUACAGUUAUGUGUGGUAACUAAUCAUUUAAAUAGUAACUUAUACACAUGUGGUUACUUAUCCUAUGGUAACUAAUCAUUUAAAUAGUAACUUAUACACAUGUAGUUACUUAUCCUAUGGUAACUUUUAGCAACAUUUACUACGUACACACGGCCUUCGAAUCAGCCGCCAUGAGUCAAACGCACAAAUACAAAGUCCUGCUGGACCCUUCAUUUCUGAAGCCAUAUUAUCACAGGGAAGAACACGUGUGAAUAGGACUACUCUUAUCCUAGAUCAACUCAUUCUAUCUGUAAAGGAGUAGAGUUUCAGCCAAGUGUUCUGGAACCGACCUGAUAAGUGAAGAUUUAAUAUAUAGGUUCCCUCAUUAUUGGUUGAAAAAUUCUGGGAACUUUUCAAAAUCUCAGUUUAUCCAGGAAUGUUCUUGUAAUCGGUAGGGGGGAAAGCAGGGCAUCCUGAAUCCCCAACAAUGACCUGUUGGAAAACUUGGCAUUUUGGGGAAGUUAGGGGAAUUUUGGAUCCUUGUAAUCGAUUACUUGGCAGGAUAUCCCCCUCAUAUAGACUAACCAACUACCACCCAGAACGGCACCCUAUAGAACCUAUAGGUAGAAACUGCCACCCAGAACGGCACCCUAUAGAACCUAUAGGUAGAAACUGCCACCCAGAACGGCACCCUAUAGAACCUAUAGGUAGAAACUGCCACCCAGAACGGCACCCUAUAGAACCUAUAGCUAGAAACUGCCACCCAGAACGGCACCCUAUAGAACCUGUAGGUAGAAACUGCCACCCAGAACGGCACCCUAUAGAACCUAUAGGUAGAAACUGCCACCCAGAACGGCACCCUAUAGAACCUAUAGGUAGAAACAACAUACUACAACAUACUGAAUACACAAGUAGCAAACAACGUUUUGAAUAUGUUAACAGUUAACUUAAAGGGGAAGUUCACUAUUUUACAACUUUGUCAGAUGGUUUCUCAUCCUGAAAGUAGUCUAUGGGUCCAGAAGAAACGUAUCAAUGCUUCAGGGCUUUUUAAACAACCGCUACAAACGUUAGCCAACCGCUAGCUAGCUAAAAUACUGAACUUCCCCUUUAAAGGAGUUGCUGAGAGAAAAGAGAACUGAAUGUAGGAGUGUUUCCUGCUGUAUGCCAUGUUUGGGAGUGGAAACCAAAGACUGAAAGAAUGAGGGAUGGGUGAAUCUGAUGUGAUGAAAAUGAGGAAAAGCUAGAGAAGAGGAUUGAUCUGUAUUGAAAGAGAAACUUCUUCCUGUAUUACUUUGUGAAUUGUAAAUAAAUAGUGGCUAAUGGGCAGCGCCUCGCAGAAGCAGGGUCUUCUCUUGGGACUGCUGCCCCCACGUGCUGGAGACAAAUGAUCCAUUACAA